AUGAUAAUAAAUGGCAACAUGGACUCCCUGGACGACGAACCCAAGGCGACCCUGGCCAUGGGGCGACCUAUGUGGGUGGUAUACACUCUGGCUGCGGUUCUGAUCUUCACCACCGUGGUCGACGUGCUGGGGAAUCUGCUGGUGAUCGUCGCUGUGCUCCGAAACCGAAAACUACGCAACGCAGGAAAUGUGUUUGUGGUGAGCUUGGCCUUCGCUGACCUGGUGGUGGCGCUGUAUCCCUAUCCUCUGGUGCUGUACGCCAUCUUCCACGAUGGAUGGUCACUGGGGGAGACUCAGUGCAUGGUGAGCGGUUUCCUGAUGGGUCUAAGCGUCAUCGGCUCCAUCUUCAACAUCACCGCCAUCGCCAUCAACCGAUACUGCUACAUCUGCCACAGCUUCUCCUACGAUAAGCUCUACAGUUACCGAAACACGCUGCUCCUCGUCGCUCUGGUCUGGCUCCUCACCAUCGUCGCCAUCGUUCCCAACAUCUUCGUGGGUUCCCUCCAGUACGACGCCAGGGUCUACUCUUGCACUUUCGCCCAAACCGUCAGCACCUCCUACACCAUCGCGGUCGUGGUCGUGCAUUUUUUCGUUCCUAUCACCAUCGUCACGUUUUGCUACUUGCGAAUCUGGAUUUUGGUCAUCCAAGUACGAAGGAAAGUCAAGACGGAAGUUCGACCCAGGCUUAAACCGAGCGAUCUGAGAAAUUUCAUGAUGAUGUUUGUGGUUUUUGUGCUUUUCGCGAUCUGCUGGGGGCCGUUGAAUUUGAUCGGGUUGGCGGUUUCGAUAGACCCGGACUUGGUGGCGCCGAAAAUACCCGAGUGGUUGUUUGUGGUGAGCUACUUCAUGGCCUACUUCAACAGCUGCCUUAACGCGAUCAUUUACGGCAUGCUAAAUCAAAACUUUCGAAGGGAAUAUAAAAGAAUUGUAAUGUCCGUUUGGAAUCCGCAGUUGUUUUUCCAGGAAACGUCACGCGGAGGAACAGAGGCGAUGAAAAGUAAACCGUCGCCAGGACUAAACAACAACGAACAGCAAGGAGAAACCCAGUGA